UAUUUGGACUUGUUCAACUUCUUUUUUGUUUUUUGGCAAGGAGGUCAAUCGGCUACUCAAUUAAUUUGGACACUGUUUUUCUCUCCAUAAAGCCACCCAAAUAUAUCGAAUUAUUUGCUCAUCAACUCGUCACGUCGACGUGGGAAGGUAUCAGAAGAAAUUAAUGUUAGUCAACUUGAUGCUUGCUUUGUAGUGACUCGUGGGAAACUUUUUUUUUUUCCACGAAGUUAACUUUACCAAGAGAAUAAUCAACUUGACGCGGUUGAUCGACUAAAAAUUCCGGCAUAGAAAAUGACUUCGCUGAAUAAAUUGAUGGAUGAAUACCGAGUCAACCAUUCCGCGUUCAGCGAGGUAGGUUUUGAAUGGAAAAAGUCGCGUGGCUACGGGGGUGUGGAAAUUGGCCCUGGCUUUGUCUUCCAAUUUCGUCGUAGAAAAUCACAUCCUUUCCGUUCUCUUUAUUUCAUCCUCCCUCUACCUUGAUUUCUGAAGCCAUCCUCAUCGAUUCCUCUCCAAGCUUCGGCCAUGGAGCUUGCCAUCCUCUUCCUCGUCGUGUUCUCCUCCUCCUCCCUGUUGCAGCACGCCACCGCCCAAACGUGUGACGCUGCGAUUACCUUCUCCAACGACAAGUUAUACACUGCCUGCAACGUCCUUCCCUACCACAGCGCCUCCCUCCACUGGAACUACUUCGCCUCCAAUGGUACCGUCGACAUCGCCUACCGCGCAUCGGGGUCUUCCGCCAGCUGGGUCGCCUGGGCCAUCAACCCCAACAGCGCCGGCAUGAUCGGGGCCAACGCUUUCCUCGCCUUCACCAACACCACCACCGGCAACGUCGCUGUCUUCGCCACCCGCUUCACUAGCUACAGCGUCCAGGCCGCCGAUGUCCGGGACGAGGAAUUGGCCUUCACGGUGUACGACAAGCGGGCGGAGUACUCCAACGGCUACUACACCAUCUACGCCUCCCUGGAGCUGCCGGGAAACACCACGAGGCAGAACACAGUGUGGCAGGCUUCAUCGGAUUUUAGCGACGGAGUUCCCAACGGUCACCCUCUCAGCACAGCCAACAGACAGUCGAUGUCUACGCUGGACUUCCUCUCCGGCCAGACCGCUUCCGGCGGAGGCAAUUCGAGGCUGCAUCGCAAGAACAUUCAUGGAGUCAUAAACGCCAUCAGCUGGGGAAUUCUACUCCCGACUGGAGCCAUCAUCGCAAGGUACGUGAAGGUGUUCCAGUUCGCCGACCCGGCGUGGUUCUACCUCCACGUCGCUUGCCAGUGCUCGGCCUACGUGGUAGGCCUCGCCGGUUGGAUUCUCGGCCUCAAGCUCGGCAGCCAGUCGAAGGGAAUCACCUACCACAAGCACAGGGACAUCGGCAUCGCCCUCUUCUGCCUCGCCACCGUGCAGGUGUUUGCUCUGUUUUUGAGGCCCGACAAGAAUCACAAGUACAGAUGGUACUGGAACAUCUACCACUACGCGGUCGGAUACGCCGUCAUAAUCCUCAGCAUCGUCAACGUCUUCGAGGGCUUCGACAUCUUGGACCCUGCCAAGAAGUGGAAGAACGCUUACAUCGCCGUCAUCGCUACGCUGGGCGGCGUUGCGCUUGUUCUGGAGGCCUUCACUUGGGCCGUCGUUACCAGGAGGAGGAGCUCCGAGAAGCCUCAUAAUGGCGACAAUACCACAAACGGGUUUUAUGCUUGAAGACUACAACUACACGAUCAAUUGGUGUUAUUUAGAUAAUAGAUGCGUAGGGAGAGAGAGAGAGAGAUACCUGGCAGAUCAUUCUUGCUUAAUUUUUUUUGUACUACAACUUAAUCCAUGGAAAUUAGCUUAUUCAACGUGCA